UGUACAAGUAACCAAAUAGGGCAAUUUGUGUAAUUUUGGCUUAUAAAUGGGAUAAAAAAAAAUCUCAAGGUCCGGGUACCCAACCAUGGUGACCCGGCGUCGGAUAUUCAAUAAAUACCUGAUCGCCGGCGUCAUUGCCGGCGCCGGAAUUACUUUCCAAACCCUAACUCCUAACUCAUUCCUUUCUUCCACUGAUUCCCCUUUCAUCAACGGGGUCGUUCGGUCCUCCCGAGCUCUCUUUACCAUAACUUCCACUGUCAUCGACUACAAGUUCGCACUGUACGGACUCAAUCCUCACUCCGAAGACUAUCGCCUUACUCUCUCCGAACUGCAUCUACGAUCAGCGAAAAGAAUUCUAACGAUGUGUGAAGCAAAUAAAGGUAUUUACAUCAAGGCAGGUCAGUUUGUUGCUGCCAUUAGGCAAGUACCAAAAGAAUACUCAACAACACUUUCUUCAUUACAGGAUCAUGCUAUUCCUUUUCAGUUUGAAUCGAUUAAACAAGUGUUAGUUAGUAAUUUAGGUUUAAAUUGUUUAUCGGAGGUUUUUUUCUCCUUUGAUGAGGUUCCGGUUGCUGCUGCAUCUAUUGCUCAAGUACACCAUGCUGUUUUAGUAAAAGACCGUCAGGAAGUGGCGGUGAAGGUGCAGUAUCCUGGACUGGAGUAUCAAAUGAAAUUUGACCUUGUAACUAUGUCUUUGUUAUCGAAAUUGGUUGGAUGGAUCUUCCCUGGAUAUAGGUUUCAAUGGCUUGUAACUGAAUUUGAAAAAUCUAUUGCAUCUGAGCUUGAUUUUAUUGCAGAGGCUAAAAAUUUGGAGAGGAUUAGGGAAAAUUUUAAGGAUAAUUCUAUGGUUAGGGUUCCGAAUGUGUUUUGGGGUUUUACGACAAGGCAGGUUAUGACGAUGGAGUUUUGCAGAGGUCGUAAAGUCGAUGACUUGGAGUUUCUGAAGGAAAGAGGAAUUAGCGAAGUCAAGGUUGCAAAAACAUUGGCAGAAGUAUUUGCAGAAAUGAUUUUUGUUCAUGGUUUUCUUCAUGGGGAUUUACAUCCUGGUAAUAUAUUGGUUUCUCCUGAAGGGAAGAAUGGAUUUUCGUUAGUGUUGUUGGAUUUCGGGAUUUGUAAACAGUUGAAUGAGGAUUUCAGAUUGAAGUAUUGCGAGCUUUGGGAGGCUUUGGUAGUUAAGGACCCAGCCAAAAUCCAGGAGAUAGGAGAAUAUUUUGGUGUUGGGAAGUACUCGAGAUACUUCCCUGUCAUAUUCACAGGAAGAACAAUUGACAGCAAGUCCGCACUGGGCGAAGGAAUGUCUGUUGAAGAAAAGAAGAACCUGAAGCAGGAACUGAAGUCACUUAAAAUGGAGGAUAUAUCUUCCUUCAUGGAAUCUCUGCCUACCGAUUUUCUCACAGUAUUGCGGACUGAUGGGCUCCUAAGAUCUCUGACGAGCAAGUUGGGUGCUCCCUUGAGAGUCAGGUUACUAGCAUAUGCUGAGUAUGCACUUUAUGGACUCUCGUUGAAGGCCGACUCUAAAUCUGAUUCUGCCAUAGAAGUCGUGCUCUUUAGAUUCAAGAUUGGCCUCCGAUACAUCCAACUAAGACUCCUGUUUGGGAUAUUGGGGCUUGUUUCAUGGCUAGCAAACAUCAAACACACGUCAACUAGGAGGUUUAAAGAUUUUCUUGCCUCAGCUGGUUUGUGGUAAGGAACUUGUACUGUCCUUUAUUGACCGCAUAAUUAAGUCUGGCCAGUUGUAAUAGUGAAGAAAUUGUCUCAUUUACAUUCACUCACCUCAUAAGAAGCUUUCCUAAACAAAUGUCUCUAGGUGGUAUACUAAAACUCUAGAGAGGAAAGUCUGUUUCUACUUUCUACUAACUCCAUCCGAUCAUCUUUGAAGUGUUGUGUCAUGCCUCAUGUUUAGUCUAAAACUAGACGAAAACCUGUAAAGUCAAUUGCAAUUUUAUAGUAAUUUUUUCUCGUCCAAAAGCUAUUGGAUCUUUUCUCUUAAAUGGCAUCACAUUCUAUUAUUAUCUGCCAGCACAAGUUGGGAUUGCCCUACAUAAAAAAAAUUGAUUUCCUUCGAGCAUUUGUUAAUGUUGUAUCUUGUUGUUAGCGCAACUAUAUCGACAUGAUAUUUACCAAUUACAACAAGUACUUUUCAACAAUAUUUUGCCAAUCUUUCACAUUAGGAACUUGUGACCUUUUGUCUUAUCUGCAUUCAGUAGAACACAACUAGAUUUCCGACUCUCACCACCAUAUGCUGUUUGUAGAAUUUAAAUUUGCUGUGCUCGAGAAUAUAUAUUGGUCAUUAAGCUCAAAAUGGGGCUUGGUUUGAUGACAAUACCCAAGAAUUAUACCGAGGUAAAUAGGUAGAAAAGUGCUUAUAAAGCACCAUUUGAUAGCUUAUUAUCGGAGUUAUGAGGUUGUUGCUUUAACAUAUACUGCUAGAGACUGCUGUAGUGUAAACAGUUUUCACGAAAACUGAUGGAUGAUAAAUAAGGCCAUGGAAAAGCAAUUUAGAAGCGUGCUUUGUCACAAUCAGUAAUCGCAGAAAGAGCAAGAACUACAGUGACUAAGUUCCAGUUAUCUGUUCGAUUAACAAGGCUCUAGCUUGGGAAGAUGAGAAACAGAAGUUUUUCUGUACGAUGGAGGUGCGUUCGUUUGCAGCUGUGCUGCCAUAGGAAUGGGAUGAAUCACAGUUACCAUCUUCUGGGUCACAAUGAGUGAUGAAAAACGACCCAUGAAAACCAAGAAAGUGUGGACGCGAUCAUCCCAACUGUGUUUGUCCUUGUAAAACAUGUCCAGGUAACUAUUAAAACUCAUUGAAGGUUGAUGUACCUCCUAUUUUCAUCUUAUUAUAAUUGGAAGAGAGGACCGUGCUUCUUAACGAUUCGUCUAGUCCUGUACAUGUAUAGCUAUUUCGAUGUAAUUAUGAUGGUCUCUUCUUUCUCAACAUGUAUAUUAGUUCUAAUGACAAUGAUACAAUUGAAGACAUCUAAUUUUGAUUUCUUAGAGAA